CCACCAUAUUCCUAAAACCGGGGUGUUACAGUUGUCCACCAGCUACAGAAAGACUUGAUACUUUCUGGACUGUAUGCACAUCGUGCAAAGUUCAGUAUGAAUAUCUACGGAAGCAUGUGAAUAAGAGGCUGUCAUGUAAGAACUGUCGAGGAGCAUUUAUUUCUGUGGAUACUAGGUCGGCUCCUGUUAGUGCAUCACUUCAAUAUGCGCCUUCAUCUCAUACAACAUGUAAUGGCUAUGGAGCUCAUGGCUAUGAUGCCGUCUCACGCAUGCCUACCAAUUCCACUUAUUUCUUAGGUCAGUAUCUUGCACAUGGAUAUGAAUAUGUUACAAAUGAGUCAUAAGACUGGAGCUCAUAUGUGGGAACAUCUCCUGGGAAUCUGGAGUCAAAGUGAAUGUCUUUAGUAUCUAACGAAUAUCCUAAUAAGUUCACCAAUGGAGUAGCCUUGAUUAAGGCCAGCAGACCUGAGAAGUAGAGGAAUGUUGGGUUGGGGUCAUCUGGUAAUGGAUUUGUUGAGAACAUUACAAAAUCUAAUGUAGAAUCAAAAGCAACAAAUUUGGAUGCAAAAAUAGAACAUGAGUUUAAACAUCCUGGGCAAAGUUAUGGUUCAAUGAGACGGUGGUCUUCUGCAACAGGAUUGGAUACACAGAAGCUAUUGAUUAACAAAGCUAAAAUAGAUAUUAAGCAAAGAUUAGAGAUUAUGAAUGUAACACCCCUAUUGGCUUCAGAAGCUGCAGCGGCGGCUACCGAGGACGUGACUCCCCUUGAUGAAGUAAGUGCCCCCUACAAGGUAGGGGAUGAUAUAUCCAGAAUAGAACAAAAUGUUUCCUCUGGUCAUCCACCUGUUCGAAAAAUAAAUGGGCCAAUAACAGUUCCAGACUCCGACUUCCAUGACUUUGAUAAAAACAGAUCAAAGAAGUGCUUUGAGGCUAGGCAAAUAUGGGCAAUUUAAGAUGAAGAUGAUGGUAUGUUGCGCUUAUAUUGCAUGGUCCGGCAAGUACUCUCUGUUCAACCUUUUAAGAUUGACAUAGCCUACUUGAGCUCCAAAACUGACAUUGAGUUUGGUACAAUGAAAUGGGUGCAGUAUGGGUUUACAAAGUCGUGUGGACAUUUCCGGAUACGAAACACUGACAUAAUUGAUUAUGUUAACAUAUUUUCCCAUCUCUUGAAAGGCAAGAAAACGGGAAGUGGUUGUUGUGUUAGGAUAUUCCCCUAGACCGGAGAUAUUUGGGAUGUGUACAAGAACUGGUCACCAAACUGGAACAACUCAACUCUAGAUGAAGUGAGGCAUCAGUACGAAAUGGUUGAGAUACUUGAUGAAUAUUCUGAACAGUUUGGGGUUUGCAUCGCCCCGCUAGUAAAAGUAGAGGGAUACAAAACCGUGUAUUGCAGGAGAGAUACGGAGGAGAGCAAGAAAUGGACAAGGAGAGAGAUGCUGCGGUUUUCGCAUCCAGUGCCAUCUUGGUUUCUUAAAGAAGAAACUAGUGGUGUGCCCAGAAACUAUUGGGACUUGGACCCAGCUGCUAUACCAGAAGAGUUGCUUCACAACACUGUUGCCGUAAGAGAUAAGAGUAAGAGCUUUAUAUUAUCAAUGUAACGGUUUUUGACUCAGUGUAGAAACCCAACUCUAUAUCGAAAAGAUUUGUGGAUUAUUAUGUCAGGAACUAUAUACACAGGCAAGCC